AGCAACCUCACUUGCUCCGUCCAAAUCUCUUGUACGGCUCCUUCAUCUAGAUCUUUUUCAUUGAACGAAAACCCCCAGUCCCACCUCCGGAUCUUCUAUACGUAUAUGAGACGAUGAUCAAAAACCUCUCCCCUUGAAUCAGUAUCAUACCUGCAGUAUCGCCUCACUGGCUCAAGGCUCCUUCACCAUGUCUCAACCCACCCAGAGACCUAACCAACUUCCGCAAGGAGGUGCGACAAAUCCCCAGCAUCCUCAGUUGCAGUUCAUCAAACCCGAGCAAAUCAAAAACAUGCCGCACCUCGACGCCACGCAAAAAGUCAAAUACGAAUCCGGCGUACGGCAAAUGUGGGCCAUCAUCCACUCGAAACCCCCAGAUUCCAACGAAUAUAAGCUCGCCAUGAACAAGCUUGCCGAAGCGACGGCGAAGCUCAAGCAGAACUACCGCAACUGGAUGGAACAGAAGGCGAAGAGGAGCGGAGAGGAGCAGGGAGCCGGUACGCAACCUGCGCAGCAACCAGAGCAGUCGGGUCCCUCGCAACCACAAGGCCAGCCGGCGCAGACCUCCCAACAGCAAAUCGCCCAACAAGUCAGCAAAAUCCCGAUCUACCUUCCGCCAGGGAUUCCGGAACACGAGACCGAGGCGAAGCUGAAAGAGCUGCGUCAGGUAUACAUGAAUUACCUGAUGAAGAUGGAUCAGCUAUCGUCGGAAGUGAGGAAUUACAAUACUCAGAUCAAGCACUUCCAAGGUCAACCACAAGGCCCUCCGCAGCAGAUAAUCGAUGCGCGCCAGGCUUUGAUGGUCCAACAUCAGACGACGAAACAAUAUAUCGAGGAGUUCCAGCAGAAGCAAAAUCAGUAUCGGAAAGUCGCCACGGGCCAGGGAGGAGCCGAUGUUCCGGUCAAAACCGAAUCCGGGAUUUCGCAGCCGAGUCAAGGCUCGGGACAUCCGCAGGGCAUUGUCCAAAUGUCAGGACAACCUCCGAAUACGGGAUCGCAAGUAUCACAACCGUCCAGCGCCACCAAAACCGCUGCAAGUCCUACGCAGAUGUCGAUCCCAGGACAGAACCAGUAUAUGGGACAGAAUAUGAAUCCAAUGGCUCGUGGUCACAUGACACAAGGAGGACCGUUGGUGAACGUGAAUCAGUCGAUGGGCGCCCCUCUUCGGCAAAUGCCUGGCCAGGUUCAACCUCAACAACAACCUCAACAACAACAACAGCAGCAGCCACAACAGCAACAGCAAAAUCCUCAAGGCCCCGGUACCCAAUCCCUCACCCACGCCGACGCAAUGGAAAGAGCACACCAAGGCCGCGGAUAUCCUGCCACAGACAUGCGCGGACCCUCCCAUGCUGGGCUCGGCCACCCCGCAACCACUUUCGAGCAGAAAAGCGGCUCGAAGAUGCCCAUCCCUAAAACUCUCAACGUUGCCUCGCCCGCUCCGGUGUCGAUGGGACCCUCUCGACCCACCAUGGCCGGACCUGUCAAUGGAUCUGGUGGCGUCAUGGCCAACCCGGUGAUUUCACGAGCGCCGAACUUUGUUCUCGAAGGCGAGGCGGAGAGGGUGUUGAGCAAAAAGAAACUGGAUGAGCUCGUUCGACAAGUCACUGGUGGUGGUGAAGGCGUAGGAAAUGAAGGGCUCACCCCCGAGGUUGAAGAGGCAAUGCUCCAACUGGCGGAUGAGUUCGUCGACUCCGUCAUCAGCGCCGGCUGUCGCAUGGCCAAGCUUCGCGAAUCCAGUACUCUCGAGAUUCGUGACCUUCAGCUUGUCCUUGAACGGAACUACAACAUUCGCGUCCCCGGUUACGCGUCCGACGAAAUCCGAACCGUCCGCAAGGUCAUCCCUGCACCCGGUUGGACUUCUAAGAUGCAAGCUAUCCAGGCUGCGAAGGUUAUGGGUGGUAAAAUGGACAUCUGAAAGGUGUGAGACUAAAAGAAUUCCACAGGUUAUGGAACAUAUGAGCAGGUCGAAGCAUUAGCAUGGCGUUGGAUCUGACUACCCCGGUGUAAGUUCAAAGGCGGAAAUCAUGUCUUCGAUCAUGACUGUCAAUGGAGGCGGCGUUAAUUGUUGGGGAUGCUAGGAUGGGUCAUAGGAGUUUGAACCAAGGAGUUUAGAGUCUUUAGACCCUGUCUCUAACAUAGUUGUCAAUCGAUAGACCAACAGGUUAGCUUGAGAG